GAGAGAGUGAAAAAAUUCAAAAAAAUCGAGGAAGGUCCCGCCACAAAUUCGUUAUUCAGAAGAAGAAGCAAUGGCGGAAUUCCCUUCCCCUUUAGAACGCACCGUUGCUUCUGCUCUGCUCCUUCUCUCCAUUUCACCGUCUCCUCCAUCUACACCGAUCUCUGAAGAUGAAUGGCUGUUUGAGAAAAAUAUUGAAGGAAAAUGCUCCAGAGAGAUAUCGGCGUUUUGUGAUUAUUCCAACACUUCCUCUUCCAUACUCACUACAUCAGAUGCAUCCUCCCAUACUCCACCGCUGGAACGCUUGCUGUUCCUUACUUAUCCUUGUCGCCACCAGCUAAUGCUUAAUGUCGUGAGAAAGAGUCGUUCGAAGUUGGUAAGGAUUUCCGAGAAUCGGAAUCUAAGCUCUACAGACGAAGUGACCUUGUCUUCAGGUUCGGCGUCCUCGGAGACGACUUCUUGUUUGUCAAGCAGUUCAAGCGUGGUCACAAGCGCGCCGAUCCAUCGCCUGGUUACGAGAGCAGAGAAGAAAUUAGAAAUGAUACGUCAUGCGUGGAGGAAAAAGCAGAUCGCAUCGGCUCAUAUGCGGCGGCGUGCGGAAGCCAUUCUGAGUUACCUCUCCGAUGGCUGUUCGUCAGAGGUGAAGAUACGGCAAGUGAUUGGUGACAGUCCUGACACAAGCAAAGCUCUCAGAAUACUGUUGAAAUUGGAAGAGAUCAAAAGAUCUGGAACAGGUGGGCGUCAAGAUCCCUAUAUGUACAAGAUUGCUUGA